GUACUUUCGAUGCAAGAGGUGGUUGGCCCAGUUGUUGUCGGAUCUGUUGUUCGCUGUGUCAUUUUUCAACGUGCCAUCGAUCAUGCACCCGAAAGCCCAACUCAGCUACAUUCUCCACGACCACCAUGCCGCCGACACCGACGCAAACGCUGCGUCGAGUGCAGACAAGGCCGCCUCGUCCGGCGAGUCGCCCUCUACCACCGACCUAUGCAUGGACAAGCUGCGCCUGACGAGUCCACAGCAAUCGCCGACGACGACGUCGUCGUCCCCCACGCGACACCAAAAGAGCUCAGCAGUCAAACUCAUGUACAACCGUGUGCGCCAACGUGGCGUCCGGCAACGGGAAAAGAUUGAGCGACAGCGCCUUCGCCUCCAAGUUGAGACGCUCCAAGCGCAACUUCGACACCUCCAGGCCAAGAAACGAGAAAGCUGCGCAGAAAGCCGAAGGAUGCGAUUCCACGGCCUCCAGCGAUGGCCGGGCGUCGCGGCAGGAAGCGCGUCGCUGCACUCGACAACCCAUUACCAUCACGAUGGGCGUGGGGACGUCAUGUAACAACAACGUAUUUGUCUUUGAAACACUUUUGCAAA